CCCUCUGGCACUCGUAUUGUUUUCGUCCUUUAAAGAUUGCCAUUUACAAGUCCUUACACCUUCCCUCUACUUCCCUUCCAAACCUCCUUCCGUGCACUCGUAUGCUUCAACACUCAUCCUGACACGGUAUGGAGCUCUCCUUCAACACCAUGGUAUUGACGAGGAUAGUAGCGGUGGUGAAGAUGGUCCUGAGGAUGGUGUUGGAAGGUGCGGCGCGUCGAUGCACCUCCAAACGCAGCCUCGCCGGUAUGACAGCCAUUGUGACGGGAGCCUCGGCCGGAAUCGGGAAGGAGACAGCCAAAGACCUAGCGAGGCGCGGCGCCCGGGUGAUCCUUGCAUGCAGGAACCGAACCAAGGCGCUGGCGGUGGCCGAGCACAUCAUCUCUGAGACGGGCAACAAGGAGGUGGUGGUGCGCGUGCUGGACACCGCCGACCUCGCCUCCGUCAGGCACUUCGCCAAGGAGGUGUUGAGGACGGAGGGCGCCAUACACAUACUGGUGAACAACGCGGGCACCGCCGGUAAGGACGUGAGGGAGGUGACGCGGGACGGUUUGGAGCUCACCAUGGCUACCAAUCACUACGGCCACUUCCUCCUCACCAACCUGCUGCUGAAGCGGCUCAGGCAGAGUGCACCAAGCCGGAUAAUCAACGUGUCCUCGGUCGCCCACUUCCUCGCGCUCAGCAUCGAUAUGAAGGACCUCAACUUCGAGAAAAUGAACUAUGGCACAAUGACGGCGUACGGGCAGAGCAAACUGUGCAACAUCCUCUUCACCAUCGAGCUUGCCAACAAACUCCGUGGCUCAGGGGUGACAGCCAACGCCCUCCACCCCGGGGCCGUCAGCACAGAGAUCAUUGCUCGCAGGGAGAAUGCGGCGACGUGGUGGCGAUGGAUCUUUCUGCAGAUCGGCGACAUCAUGAUUUACUUAUUCGGGAAGGACAGUCAACUCGGAGCCCAGACGACAAUUCAUUUGGCUGUGUCGGAAGAGCUGGAAGGCAUAUCGGGGAAGUACUUCAGUGAGUGUAAGGAGGCGCCCACCUCGCAGCUCGCGCGAGACCCGAUCCUCGCCAGGUCACUGUGGAAAAUUAGCGAGGCGGACGUCCAACUCCUGCCCAGCGAGAUAUUCUACUGAGAGAGAGAGAGAGAGAGAGAGAGAGAGAGAGAGAGAGAGAGAGAGAGA